AUGACGCGGAUUACGGAUUUUGGUCGAAAGCGCACGCAUGUGCAAGCGGGCUUUCCUGACGAUUCCGAGCCUGUUGAACCACCAACAGAGCCACAAGCUUCGACGUCCAUUCUACCAUCCGAAAGCCAGCCACACGAUCAUCCAGUUCCUCCAAAAAAGAAAAGAAAGCGUACAAAAAAACCAAAAGAAAAUGGUGGUGAUGGCGAGGACAAGGCACAGGACGCUGGUGAUACUGGAACAGCGGAACUUCAAGUUAAGCCCAAGAAGAAACCGAAGGAUAAACGGAAACCAAAGACUCGGCCAGAUCCUGCUCAACGUUCUGAAUCCAGACGGCAGAAACGAAUUGCGCAGAAAUACGCAGACACUACUUGUUUUGCAUGUCGCGAAAAAGGGCACACUGCAAGAGACUGUCCAACCAUACGCAGCGGUGGUGGUGGUGGUGUAACGAGACAAAGGACUGUUGGAAUAUGUUAUCGUUGUGGUUCAAAUCAGCACACUCUCUCGCGAUGCAAGGCCCCAGAAGACCCUCAUCAUCCUCUUCCAUUUGCAUCAUGUUUUGUGUGUUCUGGUAAGGGUCACUUGGCAUCAUCUUGUCCACAAAACAAGGACAAGGGUGUCUAUCCAAAUGGAGGCUGCUGCAAACUUUGUGGCGAAACGUCUCACUUGGCCAAAGACUGCGGACUGAGAAAACAAGCUCAAUCUGGAACCGCAACUUUGUUUGGGACGGGCCAAGACGCCGGUGCGGACGAAGACGACUUUCACACAUUCAAGCGGCGGAAUGCAGAUAUAGACAGGGAUAUAAAGAAAGAUGAGAGGGUAAAGAAAAUGGCUGAUGUAAAGUUUGCACCGUACACGGGGACGGUGAAAGCCUUUGGGACCCAUGUCGGAAACUCUGCGAAGGUGAAGGUCGUUUACUUUUGA